CCCAAAAUAGAUUCACUCCCUCGCCUCUCGAGCGCUCACGAGACGUGUCUUUUUAUUUUCUCGCCUCUCUCGAAAACCCACUCACCCAAGCGGGGGAGGAAAAAAAGCCCACUCAAUCUUUUCCUCAGUCUCAAUACAAACAAUGAAGAUGAAAGCUACACCCCCAUACCUCCUCUUCGUCUUCCUCCUCCUUAUCGGAGCUCCGAUAAGCAAAGCGGGCGGCCCAAUAAAAACCGUCGUGGUCCUCGUAAUGGAGAACCGAUCCUUCGACCACAUGCUCGGCUUCAUGAAGCGCCUCAACCCCGAAAUCAACGGCGUCACCGGAUCCGAAUCCAAUCCAACCUCAACCUCGGACCCGAACUCCACCCGGGUCUACUUCAAAGAUGGGGCCCACUACGUCGACCCGGAUCCGGGCCACUCCUUCCAAGCAAUCCGAGAGCAGAUCUUCGGGUCCAACGACACGUCAGCGUCGCCGCCGCCGAUGAACGGGUUCGUCCAGAAUGCCGUUUCGAUGGGGGCCGACAUGCCGGAGGCCGUUAUGAACGGGUUUCGGCCCGAGAUGGUGGCGGUUUAUAAGGAGUUGGCGUCGGAGUUUGCGGUUUUCGAUCUGUGGUUCGCGUCGGUGCCGGCGUCGACGCAGCCCAAUCGGAUGUAUGUGCAUUCUGGGACGUCGCAUGGGGCAAUGAGCAACGAUCCUGCCGCGCUAGUAAAAGGAUUUCCUCAAAGAACAAUAUUUGAGAACCUGGAUGAUGCAGGACUCUCCUUCGGUAUUUAUUACCAAAAUGUCCCCGCAGUUCUCUUCUACCGCAAUCUUCGCAAGCUCAAAUACAUAACAAAGUUCCACUCCUACGAUGACUCAUUCAAAUCCCACUGCCAAAAGGGAUCUCUCCCAAACUACGCAGUCAUUGAGCAAAGGUACAUGGACUCUAGAAGCAAGCCUGCCACAGAUGAUCACCCUUCACAUGACGUUUAUCAAGGACAAAUGUUUGUUAAAGAGGUUUAUGAAGCACUUAGAGCUAGUCCUCAGUGGAAUGAAACACUGUUGAUUAUUACUUAUGAUGAGCAUGGUGGGUUUUAUGAUCAUGUGCCUACUCCAGUGAAGGGUGUGCCGAGCCCUGAUGGGAUUAUUGGUCGUGAACCUUAUUAUUUUGAGUUUGAUAGGCUGGGAGUUAGGGUUCCUACGAUUAUGGUGUCGCCUUGGAUUGAGAAGGGUACCGUUGUUCAUGGUCCGAAUGGUGUACCAACUCAAACUUCUGAGUAUGAACAUUCAUCUAUACCUGCAACAAUGAAGAAAAUUUUCGAUCUUCAAGCACCAUUUCUUACAAAGAGAGAUGCUUGGGCUGGAACUUUUGAGGGCAUUCUGCAAACAAGGACUGAACCUAGAACUGACUGUCCAGUCCAACUCCCAACUCCUGUACAAAUCCGAAAAGCUGAGGCAAAUGAGGAAGCAAAGCUAAGCGAAUUCCAACAGGAGCUCGUGCAACUUGCUUCAGUCCUCAAUGGAGAUCAUCUGUUAACAAAUUUCUUCGACAAAGUAAUUAAACAGAUGAAUGUUAGAGAAGGACUAAGUUACAUGGAGAAUGCAGUUAAAAGAUUCUUUGAAGCUGGCUAUUCUGCUAAGAGAUUGGGUGUCAAUGAUGAGCGCGUUGUUAAAAUGAGACCUUCGCUUACUUCAAGGUCUUCAUCUUCUGCUGUUCAUCCUUAGAAGUAGGGAUGAUGAAUGAUAUCAUAAGAAAUGUUGUAAAUCGCUCUCUCUCAAUAUAUAAUAAAAUUUGCAGCCAAUAUUGUGCUGUCCAUAUA